AUCUACCCAGGUGUGGCCGGUCGUUCCCUGAUGGGGACGUACUUGGAGCAAGCAAACUGGAAUCUUGAGAACGCCGUUGCCGCGUGGAGAGCAGGGCGUGCUGCUUUGAUUGGCCGUCCCCCUCCCCCUCCUCCUUCUCCUCGCCCUGCUGCCUUGCGAGCCGCUUCAGGAUGGGCAGCUGCUCCCGGACAAGAAAGCAGCGGCACUCAAGCGAGCAAAGCGGAGACAGCCAUGAGUGCCAAGGGCGAGAAGAGGGGUGAAGUGCUCAUCCCAUUCAACGACAACUUCGAGCAAGAGCGCCGCGACGCGGCUCUUGCGUUGAGACUUCACCUCGAGGAGAGGACGGGGGAGAGGGGCGUGAUGAGCCCUGCAGAGGCCGUGUUGUUGUUGCACCAACACAACUGGGACCUCACUCAGGCAUCCACAAGCUUCACAACACUGCAGCAUGCGAGGACAGGCCUGGCUCGUACCUACGACCAGAUGAGAAUCCCAGUACAGCGGGAGAUCGCGCCUGUCGCUCAACAAAUCUCAGCCAUGCAGCAGAACGAGCGACUGGCUGAGCUCGUCAACCUCACGGGGCGCAAUGACUGGUACUCAUUGAGAGUGGCAUUGCAGAAGAGAAACUGGAACCUCGUCGCCACAGUCUCACGGUGGUAUACUCACGGCAUUCUCCCAGUGGAAGCCCCCGCGGCCGUUGCCCCAUAUGGUGGCGUAAGAAUGGAUGUUAACCUGAGACCUCUACCACUGCCAAGCAGAGAGUCAACCAUGUCGACUGCGAGAGAACAAGGAUGGGCCGCCGAGCCAGAAGCGUUCGAGGUGCUAAGUGGAGAGCAAGGUUCAAGCAGCUCAUCAGAUUCAGAAGUCGGCCCUUCAUUGCUCAAGCAGAAGCGCAAGCGACCACACGGCUUCAUGGUCAAUUCCACACGUACUACAGCCAAGAAAGGAAUGAGAAACGACCAGAAGUUUCUCAUCGAGUACAUCUCUCGCGGCAGAUACUGGUUCAAUCGGUUUGAACGACAAGAAACCUUCAGAUGGCCCGAUGUCAAUUUCUCGGAGCAGGCCCAUGGCCACUAUCCCAACCCAGACACCAGCAAGCUCGUCGACUUCGACUGGAACAACCAGCAACACUUGCACUGGCUCAACAAUUGGCGCCGCCAGAAUAUCCAACGGGCCACCGGCCUUCAGACCCGCGAGCAAGCCCAGCGAUGGCUGCCGGAAGAGCUGGAUUUCCUUUAUGCCUUGUCCGAAGAGCUGCUCCAAGAGCAACUUCGAAGCAACCCCAACAAGACAGAAGACCAGCUACUGCCACUCAAAGUCGUGAUGGACAAGAAGGUCGAAUGGACCAGGCGGAUGAAUGACAAGUUUGCAGGCACGAUGCAGGCCGGCUCUUCUGAACCCCGACGAAACCGCGAGCCAUCUGCUCUGAUGACUCAGCGCAGUCGCACCAGAUCCAUUGUCGAACGCUUCAAAGUCAGGCCAGAUGAAGCAUACUUUGCCAAGGUGGAGAGGAAGGAGAAACGAGCCAAGGCGGCCGUGGAAGCUGUUCAGAAAGGUGUCAAGCGCCGUCGCGAGGAAGAAGACUCCGACAAA